GGGGGGAGAGGGCUCAGAGGUGAUGUUUUCACGUGGGGCGGUUCGGAAGCAGCGAAACCGAGACCUUUGGUGCAAUUUGUGCCCCAAGUGCCCGCGUGAGCUGUUCGUGUCCCGCUGCGGGUUCCUUGCGUGCGCAAAAUGGAGCUACUCACACCGAGCGGCAGCUGCUUCGCACCGCUGCCGUGUCAGGAGCUCGUCUCCAUUUACUGGGAACGAUGUUCCUGUUGCAUGUAAAUCAUGUCCCUGUGGCUACAUAUUUAUCAGUCGAAAACUCUUGCACGCUAAACGUGCUGAGAGAUCACCACCCAUCACAGAAAACAAGAGUGAGGCCAAAAGGAGGCGGACAGAGAGAGUUAAGCGAGAGAAGAUAAAUUCUGCAGUAAAUAAAGACUUAGAGAACCGAAAGAGAUCCAGGUCUAACAGCCAUUCAGAUCAUAGCAGACGAGGAAGAGGAAGACCUAAGAGUGCCUCAGCGAAAAAGCACGAGGAAGAAAGAGAGAAACAAGAAAAAGAAGUUGACAUGUAUGCUAACCUUUCAGAUGAAAAGGCCUUCGUAUUUUCAGUGGCCUUGGCGGAAAUAAACAGAAAAAUUAUCAAUCAAAGACUUAUUCUGUAACUUGUGAGCACAAUCUGAUGCAGUUUUAUGCAGGAUGGCUAGCAGAUUUCCAAGGUGCCAUGGACUCUCGGGAAGUGUGUUGUCUGCACCAACAAGGACCGUAGUAUUUCCUGUUAAAAUUCUACUCCUGUUCUUGGAAAUAGAAUUCUGUCUCUACAAGUCAGAAAGAAAGUGGUCACAAGAUUGUGCUGUGAAAAAUCAGAAAGCAAAUAUGUUUCAUGCCUUGAAGACAAAUGCUAGACAAAUGCACAGAGAGACUGCACCCAUCCCAGAGCACUUCUUUUGAAUUUGCUGCCAGAAAUGCAAUAUUUUAAAUAUUUUCAGAAAUAAAUGAUUUUCUUUUAAAAUUAUAUAUUUCAGAUUUUUCAGCUAUAUUGCAGUUUAUGUAUGUACAGUUCACAUAACUUUUUAAUAAAUUGAUAUUCCAGUAUUUUAUUGAACUGAGAAUUAAGUACAUUUGUGAUACUCAGGGUGUGUUGUUUUAAUCCUCUUACAAAUCUGGUAUUCAUCCUGGGUAUGACUUCAGUUUUACAUUUUUAAUAGGCGUGAUAUAAUUCUGGUAGGAAGAAAAUUAAAGUAGUUUCAUUUGGGAGGAUUAUUUUGUUAGACAACUUCAUAAUUUUUCUUAAUUAUCUCUAGAAAAUAAUUUCUUGCUCCAUAGAGUUGUUUUCUAAAAACUGUAUACUUUGGGGGUCUUGAAGUUUGAGAGCCAAGCACUUGUUUUGUCACAGUUAUUUGCUGAGUAUCUGCCUUGUUCAGCUGUAAGUUCUUGUCCUGUACUCUUUCUUGGCCCAUUAUUUACUGGAAAGGGAGAGAAGGGGACAUCAAAAAUGUAGAUCUGCAGUUGGCAUCCUGUGACUGGUAUUUCCAAAACACGAGGAUGUGGUAGUUCCUUUUAUUACCCAUAGCUUUUUUUGUCUGUCCUUUAAAAGCAUAAUUCUUAUUGGUAUUGUGUUUGGAUUGCUGACUGUAAAUACUAAAGCAAAGUCUGAGUGCAAAAAUCAGCUGUUUUGAUAGAAACAAUCCUUUCCUAGGGCAGACAUUCAACAAAGUCUUUCUUAAAGUGGUAUAGUGCAAGUGCAGCCAAAACUCUUCCUUUAGUAACUGUAUGGGGGCUGUAUUUUACAAAAAAAAGAAAAACCCUCAAAGCCUCAAGCUGUGUAAAAUCCUGAGGGGGGAGGUGUAGGAGAUAAUUGCAUUCAUAAAAUCUGACGCACUGGGGUUUAGUCACCUUUUAUUUGCUCUAUUGUAGGAGGGGGAAUGCAACUAAAUGUCUUUUUCUUCAGUAUUACUGGAGCUUUUCAAUAUCACGUUGAAUAGUGAGAAUUGCCCAAUGAGGUUCAGCUACAGAACUGAUCCCUGGGUGGAAGCCAAGAUAUUUAUUAAUAAAGCUGGACUAUCAAAUACAGGCUGUUGGUAGUUACUGAUUAACAGAAGGAGCUGUGAUAGCUUCAAGUUAAGCCACAAGGCACUGAUCAAAUGCAAACCGUUAAAUGAGAAACUGCAAAUACAGGACCUACUACUCUGCAUCAUUAAACUUGUGCUUCCCAGAGCUGUAGCCUGUCACAGAUACCAGUAGUAAGAACAGGUGAGUCAGUCUUCAGGACAGAGAAUAAGUUUGUUUGGUAAGUUGUUAAAGUCCCAGUGACAAAAGGGAAGUUCUGACUUAAGGAUGUGAUUAGGCUGGUGUUAACUUCUGUGGCUGGAAUGAGAUGUGUUAGGAAGGGACAGGGGGAGCUGCCAAAGCAGUCUCUUUAGUGCUCUGUCCUGCUUUCCUACAGGUUUCUAUCUCUGCUCCUGCACACGGAAUUCAUUACCAUCACAGGAUUGAAGUUAAUGUUGUUGGAUGUGACAAAACUGUAAGUUAAUUUCUACAUUUAGAUUGGUGCCUUUUCUAGUCAGUGCUUUUCCAAAACACAUUGGUACCUCUCAAAUGUGCAAGGCCAUUUUUUUCUCCUUCACUGGCAGAGGCUCUCCUGAGACAGUGGUUGAGUUCUAUUUCUGUAUUUCUUCUCUUUGUAUUCCCCAGGUCUCUUCUGUCAUCUCUUUCCUAUAUCCUCAUGCUACUUUUCUUCCCCUGAUGGCUUCCAGUGUCUUUGAGAAAGCUGUGAUGGAAGCAGGUGGCCUUGAAAACAUCCUAGGGGGCGAGUGUGUCUUUGCCAGGGGAUUUGGCAAAGCAAGAAACCUGACUUUCUCUUCCCACUAGCCAGGAGCAAGCCAUUCUUCCCUAAAUAGACAGGACAUUUCAGGCUCUUCCAAAAGCUCUGGUAACUGUGGUGUGCCAAGGCAGAUUUCUUGGAACAUAUUCAGUAACUGAACUGGAAAGAGUCUGCUUUGUACAAAAUAGGCAUCAACAUGGUGGAUCUCAAGAGCUCUUUCUUUUGUGUGUUAGAGAUGAUCCAUGGAUGAAACACUGGCAAAUCACUGGAGAUUAUAAUUGUAAAUUGUAUUUGUUCUCGGUCUAUGAAACUAAAAUAAAGCCAGUGACAGCUGAAUGAUGUAAGAGUAAAAUUCUAUGUACUGCAGUUCUGACUUGCUUGGAAACUGCAUAGUUUCUGAGAAACAAGAAUAAAUAUGGUAAGGCUUCAGGAAGUUGCUUGUGUGAAGGUUUUUUUGUGACUUCAGUUUCAGUGUAAGAUUUUAGGCUCUGCUUUUGGCUGUCGUUGUGGUUCAGGCUGACUUCAUUUGUGUCACUGCAUUUUUUCUAGCCUGCAACCUCACAUGGAAAAAUAGUCUUUCAGGAAAAGUGAAUUAGGCUGCAGUGUUUUAAUGAACAAAAGAAGAUAAAGUGAAAUACCACUGCAGCUCUGUACAUGUUGACUUGCCUGACUGGAUAAACUGUUUGUUGUGAACCAAUUAGUUUAGGAUUGUAUUGGGAACUGUUUGUAAACCACCUUAUAACAAGUUUGCAUUUUGCCACUACUUUGCCAUUUCUUUUUCCCAAAGAUCUGGGCUUCCAGUGUUUAUAGCUUUGUGUAAUAGCAUGUCUGACUAUGCAGUGGACUCACAGUUGAAAUUUUGGCUUGAGAUCCCUCUGCAUUUCCUCUGCUCUGCUCCUAGAUGGCAGCCGUAUCCUGAACAGCUCUUGAUGUUCUCACCAUGGAGGCCAGGAAGAGGGUAGUGUUUAGUUUUCAGGGGAAGCAACCUCAAAGAUUAUUUUUCUUUAGAACAUCACCCCUACCUAGCAUGGGAAAUGAAAAUCCUACAAAUGUCUGCACUGAAACAUUGCUUCAUCAGUUGUGUGACGUCAGUUCUUGAGGUGUGAGGAUUGGUGGAGUUGGAUAAUUUGUCAGGACCAGAGAAUCCUGAACUUUAAAUUAGCAAUCAAAUAGAAAAUGGUUUAAGGGAGCACUUUCAGAUCCCCUGGAAGUUUUCUUUGGUCAAAUUUUGCAAACCUCUUUUAAUUGUCCAGGUUUUUUUGUAUGGUUGAUUAAAAAAAGUUAAAAUUGAGACAAGAUAUUGGAGAAUAAUCUGCAGAUUAUCAUUGUCCUGUGGUUGGGCAGGAUUUAUUGAGAAAGAGACUAAAAAUGAGAUACUGGCUUUGAAUAUCAGUUCUCAAACAAGAUAUUUAGGUUGGUUUUACAUAGUGCUUUUCGAUUUUUUUUUUUUAUUUUGUAGUUUUUUCUAUGUUUUGGGGUGUUUGAGUGAAACAGUGAUCAUGUAGGCUAUUAGCAGUUCUGUGUCUGUUCCUUGUGUCUUGGACUGUACUUGUAUCUUCAUUGCAGUGGUGGUAGGACAGCUCUAAUAAAUAAUAGAAUAAUUUUAUUUCUUCUUUUUUUGGGUUACUACUUUCAAAACAGGUUACAGAAUUUUAAGUCUGGUUCCCAACGCUAUAAAUGAUUAAGCAGGUUUUUUGGUUGAGAUGAAGAUCAGUUUUUCUGCAUUAUGGCACAUCAGACAUUGAGUGAUUUCCACAGAUGUUGUGAGUUCAUAAUGAACUGAAAAUAUCUGUGAAUCGAUGUACUAAAUUGUUUGGGUUUUUUUUUUUUCCCUGCACUUACUUUAAAAGGGUUUCUGGCACUGCCAGCUGUUGGUUGGGAUGUGCCAUCCAAGUAAGAGAAAAGGAAUUGAUUAGGCAGGAGGCAAUGAGAGUAGAUAAAUAUAUUUAAUAUGUAAAUGUAUUUAAUUUUUUUCUGCAGAAGAAAGCCUAAACCUGCUUUCACCAAAGUUGUUUAAAGUUCCAAGCUCAGAACAUGGUUCACAUGAAUCAUUUGGUGUCAUCAUGCAGCAUUUCCCCAGGAAAAGGUCAGGUACCUCUUCUUCAUCUUCCCCUCACUCCCUCCAAUAAGCUGCUUUUUUUGGUGGUGCUUAGCUUCAUACAUGAAACCUGGGCUCUGUCUUCGUUUACUGCCUUUGGUAUUCUACUGUGUGUUAUUUCUCUCAAUUAUAACUUACUAAUUUUAUUAAUAAGAGUUAAGAAUUAAAUACUAUUUUUAAUCCUGCACAGCAUUGAGGACCAUAAAAUGCUGUUAAGAACAGUGAGUGUUCCAGAUACCAGGAGUACAAAUAUUAAUAGUCUGGCAGUUUACCAAGUUUCUGUGGUGUCUGUUUUGUCUUGGAACAAACAACUUAUGAAUAUUUAAUGGAAAAUAUCAUGCUAAUAAAGAGAAAUCUUCAGACUGA